CACACCACAGCUUGUUUCGAACAACGAACGAACAUGGAGAACAGACCUCCUUUCUUGCUUCUUUGAUAUUCCACACAAUCAACUGCCAAUACCAUCGAACCGCUGAGCCAGCACCAACAAAGUUUACAGCAAUCAGAACAACGCAUGUCUGGAAUUUGCCGAAGUCGUCUCGCCGAGGAGCGGAAGCAAUGGAGAAAGGACCAUCCAUUUGGCUUUUAUGCUAGGCCUGAAAAGAAGCCAGAUGGUACUCUGGAUUUAAUGAACUGGCAGGUCGGAAUCCCUGGAAAGACCAACACGCCAUGGGAGGGCGGUGUCUACAAGCUAGUGCUCAUCUUUCCUGACGAUUAUCCAAGCAAGCCUCCAAAGUGCAAGUUUGUUCCGCCACUCUUCCACCCUAACGUAUAUCCCUCCGGAACUGUGUGUCUUUCGAUCUUGAAUGAAGAAGAAGGAUGGAAGCCCGCCAUCACCAUCAAGCAGAUUUUGCUUGGAAUUCAGGAUCUGUUGAAUGACCCCAACCCCGAAAGCCCUGCGCAAUCAGAUGCAUAUGUCAUGUUCAAAAAGGAUAAGGUCAGCUACGAAAAGCGCGUGCGGCAGCAAGCAAAGGAGAACGCACCAUAAAUGGCACAAAUCCAGGGCGACAGCAACCGAAUCAAACGUUCAAAUAUUGAGAUGCAUUUCACUUUCGCAUCAGUACUUGAAUAAGUGGAACGCUAGUUGGUUGUGUCUCGGUGAUAAUGAGGAGAUAGAAAGAAAGACUCGGAAGUAUUAAUAGCGAGGCACACAACCACACGGACGCAUCAAACACUCAUAAACGAGCUAGUAUAUAUUAAAGGCCGUUUUUGUUUUGUUGA